CCCGGCUGGGAGAUCGCCAUCAAAGUUGUCUUCUACGUCAUCGCUAUCGUCAUGGAUCUCGUGGGCAACGUGAUCGUCAUCCUCAUCAUUGCCCUGAACCGUAAGAUGAGAAGCACGACGAACGUGCUGAUCAUCAACCUGGCCGUGAGCGACCUCAUGGUCGGGACGUUUUGCAUGUGGAUCCACCUGGGCAACCAGACGUCACCGAACUGGCCGUUUGGCUGGUUCAUGUGCAAGUUCAGCACGUUC